UUCCGGAUUGCGAGUUUUUAAUCCACUCACGCUUCUUUAGGGAGGUUUGUGGGUUAAAUGUGGUGUUAAACCGAGUUUUACACUUUUUCCUGGCUUUGAGGAAUUUCUACAGUCGACCUGAGCGCUGGAAUAAAUAAAAAUGCCAAGUUUUCUCCGGAGAGCCUGGUCCUCUGAUGAAAAGCUCAAUGGCAAAACUGUGCUGAUCACAGGUGCCAACACUGGCAUCGGAAAAGAAACUGCCAAAGACCUGGCGAAGAGAGGGGCAAAGAUCAUCAUUGCAUGCAGAGACAUGGAGAAAGCACAGGAGGCCUUGACAGAAAUCAUCGAAACCUCAGGCAACGACAACGUCAAGUGCAUGAAACUCGACUUGUCUGACAGCAAGUCCAUAAGAGAGUUUGCUGAAGCCAUCAACAGAGAUGAGCCAAAACUCAACAUCCUCAUCAACAACGCUGGAGUGAUGGUUUGUCCUUAUGGGAAAACUGCAGACGGCUUUGAGACGCAGAUUGGUGUUAAUCACUUUGGUCAUUUCCUGUUGACCCACAUGUUGCUUGACCUGAUUAAAAGAUCGGCACCAGCCAGGAUCAUCACCGUGUCCUCCAUGGCUCACAGCUGGGGCUCCAUCAAUCUGGAGGACAUCAACAGCGAGAAGAGUUACGACAAGCGCAAAGCUUACUCCCAGAGCAAACUGGCCAACAUCCUCUUCUCAAGAUCGCUGGCUAAACGACUAGAAGGCACAGAUGUGACAACUUACUCUCUCCAUCCUGGGGUUGUUCAGACUGAUUUGUGGCGUCAUCUCACCGGCCCUCAGCAGUUCAUCAUGAAGAUAGCGAAGCCCUUUACCAAAAACUCUGUCCAGGGAGCUCAGACGACAAUCUACUGCGCCGUGGAACCAUCACUGGUGAAUGAGACCGGUCAAUACUACAGUGACUGUACUCGUACCAGCUGCUCCUCUGCUGGUAAAGACGAUGACGUGGCACAGAAGCUGUGGGAGCUGAGCUGCCGUAUGCUCAACAUAACAUGGGAAUGAACCAACCUGGAAGGAAAAGAAAAUCUUUACAGAGUUUCUCUGCUAACUGAUGCACUGAUAUCAGAUUUCACUUCUACUGCCUGCCAGGAAAUAAGGUGCAAAAGACCUAAUAAACUUACAUUCAGUUGUAUAUUUUUCCAACGUUUGCUGUAUAUGUAUGAGCUGCACAGCUAAGAAGAUCCCCAGUGCGUUCUGGCCUGGGCCUGGGAUCUUUGUGUAUGGAGUUUGCAUGUCCUCCCACAGUCCAACAACGUGCUCAGGUUAAGUGAUAAUUGUAAAUUACUUGUAGGUGUGAAUGUGAGUGUGAUUAUUUGUCUUUAUGUGUGACCCUGUGAUAGACUGAUGAUCUGUCCAGGUGUCCCCUACCUUCACCCUAAGUCAGCUGGGAUAGACUCCAGCCCCCCUGUGACCCUAAUAAGGAUUAAGUGGUAUAUAGAUGUUGGAUGAAUGUUGUAUAUUUUACGUAAGAACCACAAUUAAUCAAUGUAACUGUAUAUUUUAUGUAAAGUUUCUGAUCUUGAUGUGUCCAGUUUACUAUAAGUUUAAAUGAUUUUCUAUUCAUUUUGAUAAAAGCUGGUCAAAGGUUAUUUCAAUGCAGUUAGUGGAAUACUUUAGGGAUAAACUUCAGUGACUUGGACCCCAUUCUUCUCUGUGUCUUAAAGGAUUUUUUGUGUCUGUAUUUUCUGACAUAAACUCACUCUUACACUCCAUAA